CGCUUCCGGUCGGCUCCCCGCCGCGUCUCCGGUGUCGGUGAGGAAAAGCGAUGAGGCCUUUCCACCCCCCGCACCUCCUCCCCGUCCUCCUCCUCCUCCUCCUCCCGCCGCCGCCGCUGACGCGCGCCAUGGAGCCCAUCAGCAUGGGCAUCGCCGUGGGGGUGGCCACGGCCCUGACGGGGCUGCUCAGCUCCUACCCCAGGCUGUACUGCCACCUCCAGGAGUGCUGCGCGGCCCAGUGGGUGGAGCUGAACUACACAGGGUUGGAGCGAGAUCUGGAAGAGAAAUUGUUUGGACAACACGUUGCAAAACACGUGAUACUGAAAGCAAUCAAAGGUUUUUGGAACAAUCCUAACCCCAAGAAACCCCUCACAUUGUCUCUUCACGGCUGGACUGGGACAGGCAAAAACUUAAUGAGUAAAUUAAUAGCUAAGAACAUUUAUGCAAAGGGAUUGGACAGCAAGUAUGUUCAUCAGUUUGUUACUACUCUGCACUUCCCUCAUUCGGAGCACACCAGCCAAUAUAAGGAGCAGCUCCAGAAAUGGAUUCGAGGUAACAUCACAGCGUGUGAAAGAUCCAUGUUCAUUUUCGAUGAAAUGGACAAAAUGCAGAUGGGCCUUAUCGAUGCCAUCAAGCCUUACCUGGAUUAUUACGAUAACAUUGAUGGAGUGGUGUACCGGAAAGCCAUGUUCCUUUUCCUGAGCAAUGCGGGAGGUGAGAAGAUAACCGAGGUUACACUAGAUUACUGGCAUAAAGGAAACAAAAGAGAGGACAUUAAAUUGAAAGACCUUGAAACCAAACUGUCCGUGGGAGUCUUCAAUAACAAGAAGAGUGGGUUCUGGCACACCAGCCUCAUUGACAAAAACCUGAUCGACUACUUUGUGCCUUUCCUGCCCCUGGAAUACAAACACGUGAAGUUGUGCAUCAGGGAAGAACUGAUUUCCAGGGGUUACCCAGUGGACGAGGACAUCAUUAAUGACAUAGCCAGUGAGAUGACGUAUUUCCCCAAGAACGAAAAGAUCUUCUCAGACAAAGGCUGUAAAGCCGUAGAAGCCAAGAUAUACUUUUACUUGGAAUGAAAUGAACUUGUUUCAGAGGUGCAAACCCUUUGCUGAUCCCCCGAUGAGAAACUUUUUAAACGUGAAGCAAAUCGUGUUUGUAGUAUUGUACAUUUUCUGUAUAUAUUGACAAUUGUGAAAUUAACUAUGAAGGAGGAGUGAUUGUUGUAAGUAUUGAUUCCACGCUGGACCAACUUGCCUUCACAGGCUCAAAAUUGAUCCUAGUGUCAAUAUUAAGUCUACUGCUUGUUACCUCUUGCUCCAUUAAUCGUCUAUUGGCGUUCCUGUACAAAUUAAUACUACUUUUUUUUAAAAAAGCCAAAAUUAUCAGAAUGCCAGUGAUCAGGAGUUGCAGAAUCUACUCAGCACUGUUGUCGAAGUCUAAGGUCCUAUCGUCUCGAGUAAAAAUCCAGAAUGCAGCUUCCAUCAUUCACAACUGUCGCAGCCUAUCUCAGAGUUGCAGGAGUAGGAUUAUUUGUUGAGGCGAGGCUGUGGAGGUUUAAUUUGGUUAUCAAAUAAAUGCAAAGUGUUCCAUUUCUAAGUUAUGCUCAAUGUGGGGGGGGAAGGGAUACAGCAAGUCUGUCCACAAAUCCUUUUGAGACUGUUUCAGCUUUCUUUUUUGCGGAACAUUUGAGAACGUGAUUUCCUCUCGCUUCUUAAUGAUGAUUUGAAUUAAAGAACAGAAAUGAAAUGUAAAAAA